AACGCGGAACUAGGGAGCAGGCGGAGGCCGGCGAGGGGUGAUUGCUCAGCAGGCCCGGCCUGGCUUUGGGCCCCGGGCCUCGCAGCCGGUGACUCUGCGCCUGCGCCCGCCCCGCCGCUGCCCGCUCUCCAGGCGCGGCCGCGGUCCCGGCUGCAGCACGCCGCGGGGUGUCUGCGUGAUCCAUGGGCAGCGGCGAGGGUCACGAUGACAGAUUACGGUGAGGAGCAGCGCAACGAGCUGGAGGCUCUGGAGUCCAUCUACCCUGACUCCUUCACAGGCAGAUGUCUCUCAGCUAUCCCUGUAUAGCUCCAGUCCUGUUCAUGUUCUCUCUCACCAGCAGUACGGCUGUGCUGUGAGGAUGUUAAGGGGAUGAGUGAAGAGGGGUUUGAGAGUGUCGUUAACUGGUAUUAUCAGAAAAUCCACCCAGCUUUACCAUUACUGUGACCUCUGAGGCUGGAGAAAAUGAUGAAACUGUCCAGACUACCCUCAAGUUUACAUACAGUGAAAAAUACCCAGACGAAGCCCCCCUUUAUGAAAUAUUCUCCCAGGAAAAUCUAGAAGAUAAUGAUGUCUCAGACAUUUUAAAAUUACUAGCAUUACAGGCAGAAGAAAACCUUGGUAUGGUGAUGAUUUUUACUUUAGUGACAGCUGUGCAAGAAAAAUUAAAUGAAAUAGUAGAUCAGAUAAAAACCAGAAGAGAAGAAGAAAAGAAACAGAAAGAAAAAGAAGCAGAAGAAGCUGAAAAGCAAUUAUUUCAUGGCACUCCUGUUACAAUUGAGAAUUUCUUAAGUUGGAAGGCCAAGUUUGAUGCAGAACUCUUGGAAAUUAAAAAGAAACGAAUGAAAGAAGAAGAACAAGCAGGAAAAAAUAAAUUAAGUGGGAAACAGCUGUUUGAAACAGAUCAUAAUCUUGACACAUCAGAUAUCCAGUUCUUGGAGGAUGCUGGAAACAAUGUGGAGGUAGAUGAGUCUUUGUUCCAGGAAAUGGAUGACUUGGAGCUGGAAGAUGAUGAGGAUGAUCCAGACUACAAUCCUGCCGACCCAGAGAGUGACUUGACUGACUAACGGACCAUCCCCAUCUGCAGAGGCUUGACUGCCACAGCAUCUGUGGCUAUGCUGAGAGGGUGUGGAUUUUCCUUUCUUUUUUUCUAAGAAAAAAUAAUUUUCAGGAGAAUAUUCUUCUGAUAGCUUUCAUCAUUGAACUAAAUAAACUGACCUUAAAAUUUUAAAUAUAAAA